UCCUGGAAUUUGGAUCAUUACAUGCUGGCAAUGAAUAACUGUGUUCUUCUGGAAGAAGAACUGAUCAAAAAAUCUCAGCAAAAGAGAAGAACCUCCCCUUCCAACUUUAAAGUUCGAUUCUUCGUCUUAACAAAAUCAAGACUGGCAUAUUUUGAACGUCGGCCUGGGAAAAAAACAAUUCUAAAGGGUUCAAUUGAGUUAUCCAAGAUUAAAUGUGUAGAACUUGUAAAAAGUGAUGUCCCAGUUCCAUGUCACUAUAAAUAUCCUUUCCAGAUUUUUCAUGACAACUAUAUGCUCUACAUCUUUGCCCCCAACUUAGCAAGCUGCCAGAAAUGGGUCAUGGUUCUGAAAGAAGAAACUAGGAACAACACCACUUUGGUGUCAAAGUUUCACCCAAAUUUCUGGAUAGAUGGACGAUGGAGAUGUUGUGCUCAGCUAGAAAAGAUGGCAACAGGCUGCAUGGAGUAUAGUCCAGCCAAGACUGCCUCUAGUAAACCUCUACCACCUACACCGGAGAAUAACAUGAAAUUAUCACUAGAUACCAAGGAAUCUUCAGUAGUUGCCAUUUAUGAUUAUAUUGCUCAGAAUCCUCAGGAACUGACAUUACGAUGCAAUGAGGAAUAUUAUGUUAUUGAUAACUCCGAAGUCAAUUGGUGGUUGGUUCAGGAUAAAAAUGGGCAUGGAGGAUAUGUGCCAAGCAGCUACAUAGUAGCAAAUUCACCAGAUAAUCUUCAAAUAUAUAACUGGUACAACAAGAAUAUCAGCCGAAACAAAGCAGAAACAAUGCUCAGGGAAGAGUAUAAAGAAGGAGCCUUCAUGGUGAGAGACUCAAGGCAGCCUGGCACCUAUACAGUCUCUGUCUUCACAAAAACAUUAAACAAUGACAAUAGCCCUGUUAUAAAGCACUAUCACAUCAAGGAGACCAGUGACAAGCCCAAGAGGUAUUACUUGGCAGAGAAACAUGUUUUUGAUUGUAUUCCGGAAUUGAUCAAUUAUCAUCAGUAUAAUGCAGGAGGUCUUGUUACUCGGUUGAGGUAUGCCGUCUCCUCCUGGAGAGCAAAAGCUCCUGUUACAGCUGGAUUAAGUUAUGGCAAAUGGAUUAUUAAUCCGCAAGAACUAACAUUUGAACAGGAGAUUGGUGUUGGCGAGUUUGGCGUGGUUCAUCUUGGCAACUGGCUUGAUCGGAUGAAAGUGGCCAUAAAGACAAUUCGCACAGGAACAAUGUCAGAAGAAGACUUUAUUGAAGAGGCCCAGGUCAUGAUGAAACUAUCUCAUCCCAAAUUGGUCCAGUUACAUGGGAUAUGCAUGCAAAAUUCUCCUAUAUGUCUAGUAUUUGAGUUCAUGGAGUUUGGAAGUUUAUCUGAUUACCUGAAGAAGCAACGUGGAAGCUUAUCAAAGGAAGACCUUCUUGGAAUGUGUCAAGAUGUGUGUGAGGGAAUGGCUUAUCUUGAGGAGGCAUCUGUCAUUCAUAGAGAUCUGGCUGCUCGGAACUGUUUGGUGGGAGAAUUUCAAGUUGUCAAAGUGUCAGAUUUUGGAAUGUCACGGUAUGUUCUUGAUGAUCAAUAUACCCCCUCCACGGGUACUAAAUUCCCCAUCAGGUGGUCAGCACCAGAGGUCUUUUCCUAUAACCGCUAUAGCACUAAAUCGGAUGUAUGGUCAUUUGGAGUAUUGAUGUGGGAGGUAUUCACUGAAGGCAAAAUUCCUUAUGAGAAUCGGACAAAUGCUGAGGUGGUACAAGAAGUCAGUGCUGGCUUCCGUUUGUAUAAACCCAGAAUUGCUUCCAAUACCAUUUAUAAACUUAUGCAACAUUGUUGGAAUGAGAAGCAAAACGACAGACCGCCUUUUUCUCACCUGCUCUACAACCUCAAUGAAAUUUCUGAUUCUGAUCAUUAAGUAUUAGUGGUUUUGAGAAGAUACAAAAAUAUACAUUUUUGUAAUCAUUGGGCAAAUAUAUUCAUCAUCUACAUCUUGAAGGAGCAACCCAACUGCCAUUGAGAUACUAAGAAGACUCUUGGCCUUCUGAAAGAAUUGAGACCCAAGAAAGUGGAUAGUACAAGAUACAGAAAAGCAGUCUGGUGUGCUGUUCCCAUGCCUGUUUCCAUUUAAUGGAAUUAUGAUGAUAGAGAUGAUAAUGAUAACAAUAGCAAUAAUAAGCUGAAGAGAUCUGUUAGAGCCUAACAUGGGCUGCAGUGAAAUAAGGCCUUGCAUCAGAUGGAUUUCCCUUCUGAUUUUUCCUAUCAGUUAUAAAUGGCUUCAAGAUACAUUGGAUCCCUCAUUCACUAAUUACUCUCUUAUGGACAGAUUCAGGAGAUACCUGAACUGAAGUACAGCUGAAUACAUUAUCUGAGACCAGUUGAAGCUUUUUAUUAAUUUGGAAAUUUUGAAAGACAGACAUUGAGCUUUUUGCCUAGAAAGAAAAGGUGGAAGAUUGUAAAUAAAUGACUAAUAGUUGCAACUUUCAAUCAACAAUUAAAGAUUUUACCCCAAAAUGAUCUUUUUUUUCUAGGGCUAAUCACCAUUGUUUGAUUGGUGUAAUUAUUUUUAUGCAAAAAAAAAAAAAAGUUGAUAACUCCCACAGAUAUGUUGUGUUUUUUUCUGAACCCAAAUUUAGUUUUCUUAAGCUAAAGUUCAUUAUAUGUUUUUUGUCAGUUUCAUCAAAAGUUGCCACGAAUAUAUAGAGGAAUUCUGGUACAUCUUCUAUAUAUUUUGGGAUUUUGAAUAAUGCAUGGUGUAAUUUACACACACACACACACACACACAUCAAUUACACCAUGCAUUAUUUUUCCUAAUUUUAAAUUAUGAAUUAGUUCCUUGCAGGUAUAUUUGUAGUAGUAUCACAGCUUCAUAAAAUAUUAUAUUUAUUAAUAAAGGAUUUUUCCUUAGUGGCAUUGAAUUGAUAUAAAACUGUGCCAAAGCAGGUUUACUAAAAUUCUUUGUUUAUUAACCAUUUUGGAGGGGAUGUACACUUCUUUAUCCUAAAUAUUUUAGGGAUGGUUUAAAAUGAUUGAAUUCUGUUUGAAAGGGAUUGCUAUUGAAGGAUUUUGUAGAUAAUUGCUGUAUGUUUUAUAUUAUGCUUAUACUUUAAAAGUGUUAUCCAUUUUCAGUAUUCAGUAUAUGUUUUUACGCCAGAAAAUAAAUAAUGGUUUUAUACAUAUUUAUAAAAUGUGACAGUGUAGAUGUGCACUUAAAAGUCAUCUGUAUAAUGUUUUAAUUCUCUUAAUGAAUAAUUCUAAAGUAGGAAAUUUUAAAAUAAAUGACGUGACGUUCAAGUUAUGUAUGUAAAGUGCACUGUUAAAUAAAAUGUUCCUGAU